GAAAUUAUACUGAACGCGUUUAUUGCAGACACUGCAAACACCAGGAGCCACAAUGAAUCCAAGAAAUACUCCAUAUUUCAUUUUUCUAUUCUUCUGGCCUCUGUCUUCUGCUAUGUAUUUUCAUGUAGCCGAAAAAGAGGAGAAAUGCCUAAUAGAAGAUCUCCCAUCCGAGACACUGGUCACAGGCCGUUACAAAAUACAAAAAUGGGAUAUUAAAGAACAUGACUUCCUCCCAUCUGCCCCUGGACUAGGAAUGGUUGUCACUAUAACGGCACCAAAUGGAGAGAUAUUACUGUCAAAGUUAUAUGGGCCAGAUGGAAAAUUCACUUUCACUUCUCAUUCUCCCGGAGAACACACGAUCUGCAUGCAGUCCAAUUCAACAAACCUUAUAGCUUUUGUUUCAAAUAAACUGCGGAUUCACUUUGACGUACAAACAGGAGAAAAUCCACUUGAUUUUCAUAUUAUUAAUGCAAAAGACAAAGUCAAAGAGUUAACAUUUGGCCUUGAACACCUCAGAGGAGAAAUAAACCACAUCAUCAAACAACAGGAAUAUCAAAGAGAGAGAGAGGAGAAUUACAGACAAAAGAGUGAAGAAACAAAUAAUAAUGUCUUGUGGUGGGCUAUUAUACAAACUGCGAUCCUAACAUCUGUUGGCAUAUGGCAAAUCAAGCACUUUAAGGAUUUUCUGAUUGCCAAAAAAGUUGUGUAGACUUAAAAUACUCAAUAAAAUGUUAUUAUGAUAUAAUAAGA